CGGGCCUUCCGGAGAGGGCGCGCGAGAGCAAGGUCACGGCGAGCUGCAGUUGUUGCCAUAGACCUGACCCGCUGACUGACUGGGCCUAUCCGAGAAAUCCAAGACACUGCGCUCUUUGUCAGACUGUAGGGACUUUUGCUCUUUGCUGCUCAAGAAAUGGCUUCCCUCUCAGAAUAUGCCUUGCGCAUGAGUCGUCUGAGUGCCCGGCUGUUUGGUGAAGUUGCCAGGCCCACUGAUUCCAAAUCCAUGAAAGUGGUGAAACUAUUUAGUGAGCAGCCUUUGGCCAAGAGGAAGGAGACUUACGACUGGUAUCCAGAUCACAACACCUAUUUUGCACUCAUGGGGACACUACGGUUUUUUGGCCUCUACAGGGAUGAACAUCAGGAUUUUAAGGAUGAGCAGUUGCGUCUCAAGAAGCUUCGUGGAAAAGGAAAACCAAGGAAAGGAGAAGGGAAAAGAGCAGCAAAAAAGAAAUAGUAUUUGUCCAUCAGGAAAGGAAAUGUCUUCCUCAAUGACUGAGAGCAGAAGCAAGAGUAUUUCUUAUCUUUCCACAUAUUGGAGGAUUAUAAGCUUCCUGAGUUGAAGAUGAUAUGGAAUAUCAGUCAUCUCCGUGUUGAAGCCUAAUCUAGUUAACUGUGACUGGUUUCUUGGACACAUUCUAAUUCUGCAAAAUUAGUUUGGCCUUGGUUUUAUAAUCUGAGGUUUACUUCAUGCUCUAAAGAAAUGAGUGUGUAAAUCAUAAUUUAAUGACUUGUUUUGGGAGAGGGAGGGAUGUUGGGGGAACGGAGAGGGAAACUCAUUAAAUGAACGUCCUGUAGUCUCCUCCUUCCUGUUGCUGUUUCAUCACUCAGCCAGCCCUGAACACUCUCAUCACUGUGGUCUUUCAGCCACCAUCCCCAUACCACUAAGCUCAUAAAUGUUAUGUGCCUCUCUACCUACUCCUCCGGGAAGAUAUAAAACAAAUCCCAGACUGUGUCUGGGAAGAGAGUAUUGAGUACCUGCUGUAUACAGGGGGCUGGGGCCCAGUGAUACUGUAGUUAGAAAGAGCAACAGUCCUUUCCUCAUAGACCUUUCAGUCUUGUGGGGGAGAUUAAUAACAUGUAAUUAUUGUAUUAAAUGCUGCAAUCCAGAGUUCUAUGGGUGUGAAUCAAUCUAGAGAGAUUGCUGGAGGCCCGAAGCUCACAUGAGUUUCCAGAAGAUCUCCCUAAAGAGAUGAUAUUUAAGCUGAGCUCUGAAGAGUAGGCUAGAGUUAGGCAGAAGAAAUGGAGAAAGUGUUGAAGGCACAAAAACACCAUUUGCAAUCCCUGAAACAAAAAGACACUGUCCUGUUGUAGGAAUUCGGAAAGACGAUUGACUAGCAGGUUUGGUCAUUGGGACAUGGAGGCCGGGCCAUGAAGCGCUUUGCACGUUCUGUGAGAAAGUGUGGACUUAGUCAAAGACCAGAGUGUGCAAGAUGAGAUUUCUAUGAACAGUGACCCUUGUAUUUGAGGAGCUAGCUGUUGAUUUCAUCGUAUUCUAGCAAGGACUUUGCAGUGAGAUUAUGAAAGCUCUGAUUUUUUCCCCCAAGAUUUCUGAUAUUGCUAGCAUUGUCUCUGAAAUUUUUAAGAAUUUUUUCCUUUUUUAUUGUAGUUAAAAAACAUAGAUACUACCAUCUUAGCCUUUUUUUAAAAAAGAUUUAUAUUUAUUUAUUUAUACAAGCACUGGGUACAGUCAGAAGCGCAGGAGGGUGAGAGAAUUCACCAGAGCCAGAGC